AUGACUGAAUCCAUUAGCACACCUACUAGUAUCUCCUCUACUGUCUCUGUGGACAUUAUCCCUAUUAUUCGCAGCCCAUUGUUGGAAGAAUUUAGGAACAAUAAGAAUAAGAAGUAUGAACUCAAGGAUAUUUUACAUCAUGUGGUUGAAUUCAGUGGCGAUCAACAUGGAUCACGAUUUAUACAGCAAAAAUUGGAAACAGCAAAUAGCGAUGAUAAGCAAAUGGUGUUUGAUGAAAUCCUUCCCAAUUGUUUACAACUGAUGACAGAUGUGUUUGGCAAUUAUGUGAUACAAAAAUUAUUUGAACAUGGCAAUCAAGCCCAAAAAACGGUAUUAGCUCGACAAAUGGAAGGUCAUGUAUUAUCUCUUUCUCUUCAAAUGUAUGGAUGUCGUGUGGUACAAAAGGCGUUGGAACAUGUAUUGAACGACCAACAAGCAGUAUUGAUUCGGGAACUCGAUGGCAGUGUAUUGAAGUGCGUCAAGGAUCAAAAUGGCAACCAUGUUGUACAAAAAGCCAUUGAACGGGUGCCUGCGGAACAUAUCCAAUUUAUCAUUGAUACCUUCCAUGGGCAAGUCUAUCAUCUAGCCACUCAUCCUUAUGGUUGUCGAGUGAUCCAACGUAUGUUUGAACACUGUCCUGAAACUCAAACAUGUCGCUUAUUAGACGAAUUGCAUCGUGGAACAAAUCAAUUGGUACAAGAUCAAUAUGGAAAUUACGUUAUUCAACAUAUUUUGGAGCAUGGCAGUUUGGAAGACAAAUCUCAAAUCAUCAGUAAGGUCCAGGGACAUGUCCUUCAACUCUCGAAACACAAGUUUGCUAGCAAUGUGGUAGAAAAAUGUGUGGCCUUUGGUGGAAAACAAGAUCGUUUGGCUUUGAUCGAUGAAGUAUUACAAACACGUAGUGAUGGCACCUAUCCUUUGAUGACAAUGAUGAAAGAUCAGUAUGCCAAUUAUGUUGUUCAAAAAAUGUUAGAUGUAGUAGAUGGUCAACAACGUGAAGUUCUUGUUAGUAAGAUCAAACCUUAUUUGCCAGGUCUCAAGAAAUAUACCUAUGGAAAACAUUUGAUUAGCAGUAAGUCCUUUUUAUAUUUUGAUUUUUUUUUUUUUUUUUGA